ACAUCAUCGUUAUCUAGACGAUAUUCUCUUCUUCCCAUUUUCAGUUAUAUACACUUUGAAUCUGAAUAUGUUUACUCGUGCCCUCGGUUUUAUCGCCACCGCUGCUCUCCUUGCUUCUUAUACAGCUCAAGCUGCUUUCAAUCCCUCUGGUCCUAAUGUCAUGUACUAUUGGGGACAAAACUCUGUAGGCGGCGGCUCCAGUCAAGCAUCUUUAGCAACCUAUUGUAAUUCAGGUCAAGUAGACGGUCUUCUUAUAUCCUUUCUUAAUGUAUUCAAUGUUGGUGGUCAACCCGGUCUCAAUCUAGCCAACACUUGUGAAACUACUUUCCCUGGUACUUCUCUGCUUAACUGCCCUGAAAUUGGCAAUGAUAUUAAGACUUGCCAAUCAAAAGGUGUCAAGAUUAUUUUAUCUCUCGGCGGUGCAGCGGGUUCAUAUGGUUUCUCAAGUGACGCCGAUGGAAAGACAUUUGCGCAGACAAUAUGGGAUAUGUUCGGUGGUGGAUCUGCUCAAUACCGUCCUUUCGGCGAUGCUCAAAUCGAUGGUGUUGAUCUCGAUAUCGAAGGUGGUUCGUCUACAGGUUAUGCUGCUUUCGUAACUGCUGUCCGUCAAAAGUUUGCUUCUCAUUCAGGCUUCUUGGUAGGUGCAGCUCCUCAAUGUCCUUUCCCUGAUGCUGUUCUUGGUUCCGUCAUAGAUGCAGUAGGAUUCGAUUACGUAAACGUUCAGUUUUAUAAUAAUUACUGUUCUGCUACUGGCAAUUCUUUCAAUUAUGAUACCUGGGCUAAAUGGGCUACAACAACAUCCCCCAACAAGAACGUCAGAGUCUAUUUCACUGUACCUGGUUCUCAAUCAGCUGCUGGCAGUGGCUAUACCCCUAUCAAUACUAUCCAGUCUAUCGUUCCUCAGCUCGCCUCUCAAUAUCCUAAUACAUUCGGUGGCGUUUCUGUUUGGGAUGCUGCCCAAGCCUGGAAUAAUGGUAACUUUGCUUCUACUUUAUACACCACGGUGAAGGGUCAAACGUCUGGUGGAGGAGGAGGAACCAAUCCUAGCCCUACUAUCGCACCAACCGGGACAUCGACAACCGCUUCAACUAAACCUACAACCACUGCUACUACUACUACUUCUGCCGGUGGAGCUGUGCCAACAGGUGGAUCUUGUGUCUCUGCUGGGGCAGCUUGCUCUUCGGAAGGCAAAUAUCAAUGUACAGCUGGUGGCGCUUAUGCAGUUUGUAAUCACGGUGAAUGGUCUGUUACUGCUUGUCCGUCUGGUACUGAAUGCAUCUCUACUUCUGACGGUUCUUCCAUUUACUGUGGUUAUGUUACUGGUAGUGGUAACACAUGUACAGCUCCAAGCUCAGCCCAACUCCUCAUCAAGACGCUUAACCAUGGUGGUGCUGUCCCUAAGGCCUAUUCUUUGUCCCAAGUAGAGGCGCAGUUAACCGUCCAAUCCGUUACGUCAGAAGGCUUUGAAGCAGUUAUUAAUGCCCGUCGUACAAAUGCGACUCCCUUUUCUAAUACUGUUACAUUCGAAUUUACAGCACCAGCUAAUGUCAAGUUCACAAGCGUCGAAAGCGGUACUGUUCGUCAAGUUGGCAAUAAUGUGCGUAUUCAAGCCCAAAAUCCUUAUAAUAAAAGCAUGGCUGUUGUUUUGCCUAUCAAAGGCACUGUCAAUACCGGUGUAUUCGUCGCCCCUCUUCCUGCUUCGAUGCGUAUCAAGUAAAAUUCUAUAGUACGAAUUUUAGAUAUAUAUAUUCGACUCUUAUAUAGCUACGUUAAAUUAUAAUUGCUUUUAUACCUAUCAACUAAAAUAGCUUUUUGGCACAAAGUACAAUGUUCUAUUACCUAAUCAUUUCAUAUCAAUGGAAAAAAUAAAAUUCCCCAAAAAAAUGACCAAACUGAAAGCUUUUAUACAUUUUUUGAAAAUAAAUAUGAGACCGAG